ACAUAGACGAAAAGAAAACCAACAUUGUUUCCCAUCCAUCUCUGAAUUUUUUUGAAUCCACAGAGAGUUGGGUUUGUUGGAUUCAUCUAUUUCGGAUUCGAUCUUCCAUCUCGAGUAUCAAUCGAGUGAGAGAAGAGAAGGAUUGUAAGGGAAGCGAUGAUAACAAGAUCGAAUCUGGCGGAGCAGCUGAGGGAAUACCAGAUUCGAUCGAAGCACGAUUGGGCGUCCGUCUCCUUCUUCUCGUCAACCUCGAGCUUUUCUUCGUCUAGGGUGGAUGUUGUAGUCUUUGUCAUCUGGGAGCUAGUCAUCUUAGCCUUCUUAGUCUUCUCUGCCGUUUCCUUGUACUUCAAACGAUUGCAGCUCGCCUUCAUCUUGGUAUGCGUCACUUUGCUACUUCUUGUUUGCAUGAAGGUCACCAAGCAGGUGAGAUCAGCCAGGAAGAAGAAGCGAAGGAUGCUUCUUCCACUUUCUAUGUAAAGAAACACCAAACAAACCCCCAUCGAUCAUGAGAGAAGUUGCAACUCUCUUUUUUUUCUUCUUCACAAAAACUCACCUCCUGGUUCACAAUUAUAACGGAUGAAGAUGACAGUUAUGCUUACGGCAGGAGGAUUGAGUCAUGUCAGGGUGACUCAGCCCGGCAAUCUUAGGCUUUAGGGUUUUUAGAGUCUGACUUAUCAUUUUUUUUCUGAUUAGCAUUUUGGCUUUGUUCAGGGGAAAUAAUGUGUUGAAAAUUAAAGAGUUAUUAUGUUUCAUGUGUAAUUGUGGUUGUGAAAUUCAGACAAAUGAGAAAAAUAAUAUCGAAGCUUUCAUUA